CCCGAAAACCUAAAUUUCGCCGCGCAGGGUACGCGCCAACGAGAUCAGGACGAUCCAGACGAUCCAUCGAAAGCUUUCAGUCUUCAUUUCAACACAAACCGAAACGUUCUCUGGUUGUAGAACUCGCUAGUCGGUCCUAUUUUGAACAAUAAAAAAUGUCUUCCCUUGCAGCUGCUAGAGCAGACAAUUUUUACUAUCCUCCAGAAUGGACUCCAAAGCAGGGUUCUUUGAACAAGUUUCAUGGGCAACAUGCUUUGAGGGAGAGAGCAAGAAAGAUAGACCAGGGCAUUUUAAUUAUAAGGUUCGAGAUGCCCUUCAAUGUAUGGUGUGGUGGAUGCAAUUCUAUGAUUGCAAAGGGUGUAAGGUUCAAUGCAGAGAAAAAGCAAGUGGGAAACUAUUAUUCUACAAAGAUAUGGAGCUUUUCCAUGAAAUCAGCAUGCUGCAAACAUGAAAUUGUUAUCCAGACAGACCCUAAAAACUGCGAGUAUGUGAUCAUUAGCGGGGCACAGCGCAAGACAGAGGAGUUUGACAUUGAGGAUGCAGAAACAUUUGCACUCCCAGCUGAUGAAGAAAGAGGCAAGCUUUCAGAUCCAUUUUAUCGUCUAGAGCACCAGGAAGAAGAUUUGCAGAAGAAGAAAGAGGCUGAACCGGUAUUAGUGCGGCUUCAACGGGUAUCUGAUGCCAGGCAUUCAGAUGACUAUGCACUUAACAAGACCCUUCGUGCUCAGUUAAGGAAUCAGAAGAAAAGGGUUGCUGAAGAGGAGACUGUCUCUAGGAAAAUGGGCCUGGGAAUACGUCUACUUCCAAAAUCAGAAGAAGAUGCUUCUAUAGCUGCACGUGUGAAAUUCUCUUCCAAAUUUGAAGGGAACAAGAAAGAAAAGCGUGCGGCAAUAAAUUCUGCUUCAAUUUUCCCCCAAUCAGGGAAAAAGAGAUUAGAGCUCGAGGCUAAGAGGAGGAAAAUAAAGGCAGUUGCAGCAUCCAACUUGCUGACAGGGGGGUUCAAGCCUUCACCGUGGUCUAAAGUUCCCAGUUCUACAGCAUCCACCUUGCAGAAGGGAAAGUUUGUGGCUGCAAGACAUGCAUAAGCAUCAUUUCGUGUUUCAUGAAGAUUAUUAUGCACCUCAAGGUCAUAAUCGCAGAAUAGGUGGUUUCCACCAGGAUUUGUGAGUUAGUCUUGCUGUUUCUGCCCCCCAACUGAUGAAUAGGCCUGUUGGAGCUUGUAACACGACAGGUUUUAUAUGUAUUGAGUGUAUGACAUGCACAGGGGGGGAAGGGGAAGGAACCGGGAAAGCUUUCGAUUCAUUUGUUUGUAUAUUUUGGCUAGAAAAUAACGAGAGCGGAUUUUUUUCCCUUCAUUCUCUUCGUUCAGGCGGUCAGGCCAGUCUAAACGUGAAGGCAAUUCCAAGUUCCAAGUUCCAACAAUCCGGGAUUCAAUAGGUCACAAGGUCUGUGGGGUCUCAAAUUGGCUGGCCUACCUGAAGCAAACCUUCUCCAUCUUGACCUGGAUCAGAAGUACAAAGCAAAAAUACAGAAUUACCGGUACGAAAUCACUAAAUUGAGAUGGGGAAUCAACACACGUGCUGGGCGAAUGUUUGAGAUUUAACUUCUUUUAAUUUUUUUCUUUUGCUUCAUGGGGCUGUAGGAGACCUCAACUAGCCUGUUGGCACCUUUCGUUAGAGAUUAAGAGGGUGUUUGGUUCCGUAUA